UCAGUUUCGUUCUGUACCUUGCAGAGAGAGGUUCUUUACGCUCGUCGAUCCAACAUCACGUCAAAUUCGCAAGUUGACAUCUCCUAAUACAUUACAUUAUACGAUUAGUUCACUUAUCGAUACCCAAAAAAUACAUAGCGUCACCCAAUACAUACGCUACAUUACAAACAUACUAUUAAAAGGUGUCCAUCCGCUUGGGAAGCAUCACUUGUUCUUGUUCCUCUGAACCAGGAACAAUAUAUUACUUACUUGAACACUACAAAUCAUCAGUUCUCUCGUUCUCGUAAACUUGCUCCAAUUCUCAGUUUGGGGAAAGUGAGUACUCAAAACUAUUCCACUCAUACACUGAAAUUCUCAUGUCUCUGGAAAUCCGAGUUCAUUUAUCCAUCUGCAGUCAACAAGAAGACAUCGCUCCUCUUGCAUCCUUUUGAGACACUUUGAGACAGCAAAUACAUAUUUAUUACAUACAGUGACUUGAGUGCUUAUCAAGUUCUAAAGUUGAGACAAACUUGAUCGUUUGAAAUAACUUGAGAAAAUAACCCUCCUGGAUUUUACUGAAAAAAAGGAGACGAUUUUAAGAAUUUGGAUAUUCUCUUAAACAGUAAAAUAGUAAUACAAAUAAAAAUAUACUGUGUGUGCAGCUGAAUAGAAAUAGUUGUAUACAAACAUCGAAGGAAACUGGUUUUUCUUGUGCAGUUUUGGAGUGAAAAAUAUUUUCUCAUCUCUCAUAAUAUAAUACAUUGUGUGGACUUCACAACUGCAGCCUCCGAAGUUUGUGAAAGCUGACAGAAUCUCAAUUUUGAAGCAUAAAAAUCUUGAGUAUAAAAUCUCAAGUGUGUGACAUUGCACAGUACAUUCGUGGUUUUACUUGACUUUUCACUCCCAAAUCAAAAAGUGUAUCUCAUCGCCUCAGUUGAGUUCAACGGAACGGAACCUUAUCUUACAAAAAUCUCAAUCUACACCAGUAGUCGUGAGACUCGUACACUACCAGAUACUCUAUUGCGACUAUUACAAAGUAUUUAUACGUAAAGGAAACACGCAUUGCUUUAGUGUGGAACACUAAAUUUCUUCAUUUUGUCAAGAUUUUUCAAAAAUCUUUUAAAACGGAUCACUUAUCGCUCCCCCUUGACUUGGACUUUGUGGUAAUCAGCUCUAAAUCAAAGUCGGAGCUUUUGAAUACAGCCAAGCAUAAGAGUGUCAGCAAAGGAGGUAAAAUUGGGAGAAAGUGUGCAAAGUGUGCACCCUCCACCACUCCCUGCCGAAGGAGUAAGCGAUUGGAGAAAAAAUUGAUGAAAAACUAUGUGGAAAUGUUGUCGACAAAGAGACAGCCGAACCCCCCUCUCGCACCACCCACAUCGACCACAACGACGACCACUCUUCCCUGCGGAAGUCUAGGUUCAUCCAACCUUAAGGAACUAAAUUCUAAUAAUAAUUCAAACCUUAGUGUAUUUAAUAACGCCAGCAGCAGCAUUGCCCCCAUCUCCACCUCCACAACUUCUACCUCUAUUCCGUCGUCUCUAGCUAUUAAUUCAAAUAAUUCUAAUAACUGUAAUAACAUUGCCAACAUGUUUGGUGCGAACAGUAUACCAGAUUUCGACGUUAGUAUGGAUAAGUCUAAUAAUGGUAGUAGCAGCAUCGUAGGUUCUAAUAAUGGUAGUGGUUCCACCAGUUCCUCAUCUAGUGCCAGUUCUAGUUCCAGUUCUAGUGGAUCUGGCCUCCAAAAUUCCACUCCUAAAGAAAAGGAAUUCGUUUUCACUGUGAUACCGUCCCGAGAGCCCUUUGAACGAGCCUACCGUGUUGGACCAGUCCUUGGUCAAGGCGGGUUCGGAACCGUGUACUCUGGAGUUAGACUGAGGGAUGGUCUUCCCGUGGCCAUCAAACACGUGGCCAAGGCCAAAGUCACCGAAUGGAGACCCCUGAACGGAAGUCGAGUCCCAUUGGAGAUCUACCUUCUAUGUAAAGUAGCCCACGUAGAAGGAGUAAUCAAGAUCCUCGACUACUUUGAGAGGAACGACAGCUUCAUCAUUGUCAUGGAGCGACCAGAGCCCGUCAAGGAUCUGUUUGACUACAUCACGGAGAAAGGUAUCUUGGAGGAGACAGUGGCUCGAGAGUUCUUCAAGCAGAUUGUCCAGACCAUCAUCUCAUGCCACAAGGCUGGCGUCGUGCACCGAGAUAUUAAGGAUGAAAACAUUCUCGUAGAUGCGAAAUCUCACAGCGUCAAGCUGAUCGACUUUGGUUCAGGUGCCAUCCUUCGAGACAACUUGUACACGGAUUUUGACGGAACCCGAGUGUACGCUCCACCAGAGUGGAUCCGUUAUGGAAAGUAUUAUGGCAAGUCUGCAACCGUAUGGUCUUUGGGAAUCCUGCUGUACGACAUGGUGUGCGGAGACAUUCCCUUUGAACGAGAUGAGCAAAUUCUCCGGGCUGAAAUCAGCUUUCGAACCCGUCUCACUCACGAAUGCCAAGAGCUAAUCCGUCAAUGUCUCCGACUCCGACCCCAGUCGCGUCCCACCCUGGAGGAUAUUUUGAACCAUGCAUGGAUGACAGCUCCCUUGGACUCUCCUCAAGGUCCGAGUCCAUCUCCAUCCCCCUCUGUCUCUCCGUCGCAUUCCCCGUCUUCUUCUGCAAGCACGGUCCCCCGUCACUUGGGGGGUGAAGGUCAGAAUAACCUCGAAAGUGGUUCGAAUCCUGGACAAGAGCUUCCUCCAGUUUCCACCAACCCUUCAAAUCCAGAAGCAACACCCUUGAGCUGUAACACAUCCCUGCUGUUGGGUGAGCCCGUAAUGAUGGCGACGAGUUGCGAGGGGGCCACGGCCAUGGAGGCCGCGUGUCAUUGUCUCUGACUUAAUUGUUAAAUAGAAAUCACAAUACAGAAACAUCUACCAACACAACAACUAACAAUUCAGAAAAAUGUAUGUGUAUGAGGGGGUAAGAAACAGUACAUCACUUCCUCAUUUCCUCCUCCUCCUCCUCCUCCUCCUCCUCCUUUCUCCAGCUAUUACAUAGGUCAAAGCGACUUUUUCCUGUAAGUACUGUAAGUGUUUAGGUAAUUAUAAUUAUAUACAUAUGAGCAGUGUGUAAUUGUAAUUACUGAUAUUUAUCUUUGUUAAGGUAAUAGGUUACAGUAGCCUGUUAAGGACUGAAAUGAGAGUAUAAGACCGAUUAAAAAGUAUUUUUAUAGACUCACAUUUUUUUUCAAUACGACAUUUAACUAUGAUAUAUUUAAAAUUAGGUAACAUACUUUUGGAUAUGAUAAAAUAAUAAUAUUAUUAAUAAUAUACUGUCGUUUAGUGUACCCUUAUUAUUCUUAUUGGUAGUAUAAGUUAUGAAAACUUGCUGCAUGUCUUUGCAGCAGCAGUAAAAGAAGAAAAGGGAGACGUAAUUAAUUGUAGACGUUAAGAUGAUUAUUACAAACCAUAGUUUUUGAUGUAUUGGGUUACAAGUAAGUUAUAAUGUUUGAAAGAUUUCAGUUUCAAGAAAGUUUGUGUUUCAGCGUAAGACAGUGCGCAAUUAAUGCAAUAAAUUACAUUGAAUAACGUUUAAAUAAAACAUAUGUCGGUUUCUGACAUUGAUAUUUAAUCUACAAAAA